AUCCAUUUGUCCCAUUUAUCGUAUCCGUUUGUGAUUUGGAAGAUAGCUCUUUAGAAAUCUCUUCUAGAUAUAUUACAUAAUUCCACAUAAUUGUCACAUAUUAUAAAUCCGAAAUAACAACCAACAUGUCGCAAGGUACACAUCGACCUAUGAAGUAUCCAUAUACCUUAACCGCGAAGAUUGCUCAGUUUCCAUACAAACAUUACAUACAGCAUAGUUGGCUAUACAGAUAUUAUCUCUUAAGCCUAUUCGUAACUCUGCCCGUAUUCUAUAAAAUUCAAAAAUUAUCAUAUUCUCCCGAGAAUGUUGCGAAAUGGGAAAAAAUCCAUCACGAAAUGUUCUACGGCACUCCAGGCGGCCAUCAUUGAAGUAGAAAUAUAAUUAGAGUAAAAAAUGAACAUGUGUAAGAAAAAAA